GUAGGGUGCAUUGAUGGGAAGUUCAUCCGGAUACAGCGGCCUACCACGAACGAGGGAGACUUCGUGAACCGGAAAGGUUACCAUUCCCUGAAUGUACAGAUGUGCUGUGAUGCAAAUUUCUGCAUCACAAGUUGCAACGCCAGCUGGCCGGGAUCGGUGCAUGACAGCCGUAUUUUCCGGACGUCAGCACUGUGCAGGCAAUUUGAAAAUGGACAGUACAAAGGUUUUUUGCUGGGGGACUCUGGCUACCCAUGUCGUUGGUUCCUCCUGACGCCUCUACUGAACCCCACCAACCGUGCAGAGGAACGCUACAAUGGGUCAUUGUGCAGGACAAGAGUGCUCAUUGAACAGACCUUUGGUGUCCUGAAACGGCGGUUUCAGUGCCUGCACAAUGAGCUCAGGGCGACCCCAAGACAGGCUGUGACCUAUGUUGUUGCAUGUGUUGUGUUGCAUAAUUUGGGUAUUGAAAGGGGGGAUAUUAUAAAUCAUGAUGAAAAUCUAAUGCCUCCAUCUUCAAAUGUGAAUAAUUAUGUGCCACCGGUUACAGGUCCAAAUGAUGGAGCUGAUGUGAGACGGCACAUUAUUCAAACAUUUUUUAGUCGAUAAGCAUAGGAACAUUUAUUCACUACAAUUUAAUCUAUCUGAAUUUGUGAUUUCAAAUGUAUAUCAUCUCAUUUAAUGAUUGUGUGAGUGGUAUUGCUCAGUAAGUCAGAUAUGUCAUGACAGACUUGAAUACAUAAUCAAUUUGGUCAUUCAAUGUUUUAUUCAGAUACAAGCAGUGCACAAAAUGGAACAAUAUUUAAUUUGUAUAGUCUGGCCAUGCCAACAGUGCAGAUUUAUUUGUUGUUUAACUCCUUACUCAGCAAUAUUCCAGCUAUAUGACGGAGGACUGUACAGUAAUUGUGUCUGGACCAGACAAUCCAGUGAUUGAUAUCAUGAGCAUCGAUCCACGCAAUUGGGAUCGAUGACAUGUAUCAACCAAGUCAGUGAGCCUGACCACCCGAUCCCGUUUGCCGCCUUUUACGGCAAGUAAAGUGGGAAAAUGUUAUAAUAUAAAGCACAUACUACGGUAGAAACUACCAUUUUUAGUCAACAAGUCCUUACAAUGAUAACAUAUAG